AUGUCUGGAGAAGACAUUGUCCCCAAGUUCGAGACCCUCCAGCUUCACGCUGGUGCGGAGCCCGACCCUGCGACCAAGUCUCGCGCUGUUCCCAUCUACGCAACCACUUCCUACACAUUCAAUGACUCGGCUCACGGAGCGAGGCUCUUCGGCCUCAAGGAGUUUGGCAACAUCUACUCGCGUAUCAUGAACCCAACUGUCGACGUCUUCGAGAAGCGAAUUGCAGCUCUGGAAGGCGGUGUCGCUGCUCUGGCAACUUCAUCCGGCCAAGCAGCUCAAUUCAUGGCCAUUGCAGCUCUCGCUCAUGCUGGCGACAACAUUGUCUCGACCUCGAACCUCUACGGAGGCACCUACAACCAGCUGAAGGUGUUCCUGCCGCGAUUGGGCAUUACUACCAAGUUCGUCAACGGAGACGACGCGGAGGAGUUCAAGAAGCUCAUCGAUGAGAAGACCAAGGCUGUAUACCUCGAGACCAUUGGUAACCCGAGAUACAACGUCCCAGACUGGGAAAAGAUUGUCAAGGUCGCCCAUGAUGCUGGUGUUCCAGUCGUCGUCGACAACACCUUCGGUGCUGGUGGAUACUACUUCCGUCCAAUCGAGCACGGCGCGGACAUUGUCGUGCACAGCGCGACCAAGUGGAUCGGUGGUCACGGUACGACCAUUGGCGGUAUCGUCGUUGACGCUGGAAAGUUCGACUGGGGCAGUGAGGACGCUCGCAAGCGAUUCCCUCAGAUGACUGAGCCUUCAGACGGGUACCACGGCCUGAAGUUCUGGGAUACCUUCGGCGCCAUCACCUUCAUCAUCCGUCUGCGAGUCGAGAUCCUGCGUGACUUGGGCGCGGCCCUGAACCCCUUCGCCGCACAGCAGCUCCUCCUUGGUAUUGAGACUCUGAGCUUGCGUGGUGAGAGACAUGCAGAGAACGCUCUCAAGCUUGCACAGUGGCUGGAGAAGAAUGAGAAUGUCGCCUGGGUUAGCUAUCCAGGUCUGCCCAGCCACAAGAGCCACGAGCUCGCGAAGAAGUACCUCAAGCGUGGAUUCGGUGGUGUUCUGUCUUUCGGUGUGAAGGGCGGCGAGACGGCUGGCAGCCAGGUCGUUGAUGGGUUCAAGCUCAUCUCGAAUCUUGCCAAUGUCGGUGAUUCGAAAACUUUGGCUAUUCAUCCUUGGACGACCACCCACGAGCAGUUGAGCGAUGAGGAGAAGGUCAGCAGUGGUGUUACUGAGGAUCUCAUCCGUAUUUCGGUCGGCACUGAGCACAUUGACGAUAUCAUCGCCGACUUUGAACAGUCUUUCAAGAACGCGGCGACGAAGCCAGAUGAGAAGGGCGCCGAUAACGGCGGUGUGACUGGUGAUGCCAACGCACCUACGAAGCCAACCGUUUAG